AUGAAGCUUCUCAUUUGCCUAUAUCUUCCUCUCCUCCUCUCUCUCCACCGCACCACCUCCACCGACGACCGGCAAUGCUCGAAUCCGGCCGACAUCAAAGAAGUCUGCAAGACUGUCACAUCUAGCAUGGGAGCCGACGACCAUGAUUAUUGUGUGAGGACACUGAAGUCCGACCCCGAGGGCAAGUCUACUGACCUCCAUGGCCUGGCAACACUUGCAACAACGCUUGCCAUCUCCCAUGCCAUGAGCACUGAGUCCAAAAUUGAGGAGCUGAUGGACUUGGAGUCUGAUCCUAAGAUAAAGGAAGGGUACAAUGCUUGUUUGGAUGCCUACAAUGAUGCCAUCGACCAGCUUCGAGAUGCGCUUGAUAACCUCAACUCCAAGCUCUAUUUUGGGGGGAUGAAACUGCUUAAGUCCACUCUCAAAGGGGUUGAGAGCUGCGAGGAAGCAUUCAAGGAUGUGAAGAGCUCACCAUUAAUAAUGGAGGAUAAGGACUACCAGAGGUUGGCGAACAUUGCAUACCACAUUACUGCGUCUGUGGAGUGA